AUGAGCAUCGACGGAGAAUUCCUGAGAAACGUCGAGGUGCGAACCGACGAACGUUUCGGCAACUCGUUGAGUGCACUUUCUAUUAUUCGCUCCGGAAAACUCAUUGGAGUUAUUGAUAAGGAAGCUACAAAUGAUCCGAAUGCUUUGCUUAUCCUCAAUCUCAUCAAAGAAGCCGAUGACAAAAACCAGGCCAACAUCACUUUGAGACAAAUCGACAACAAGACUUAUUUGCAAACAUCGCGCGACAUUGCAACUGGCGAACGGCUCCUCAUGCAACGCUACACUGAGCCUGUCAGCGAUGAUGAAGAAGAGGAGGAAGAAGUGGAGCCAGAAGGCGAAACCGAGCAUGGUGAUGAAGAGGAAGAAGAUAGCGAGAUGAAAGACGACCGGCUUAGCUCCGAGCCAGCAACCACCAGAAGUGAAUCGCGUGAACACGGUGAGCUCGAACCAGGACAACUAGCUCCAGAAGGACAAGCUCAUAAGUGUCCAUUGUGUCCGAAGAGUUUCUCGAGUGCAAGCGGACUCAAGCAGCACUCCCACAUCCACUGUAGCUCAAAACCGUUCCGUUGUCAUAUCUGUAACAAAGCCUACACUCAAUUCUCCAACCUCUGUCGACAUAGACGAGUACACCUGGAUGGAUGGCAGUGCCCUCUGUGUCAUCAGUCCUUACCGUCACAUAGUGCUUUGGUAAAGCAUAGACCAUUGUGUGAGAUGGCCUCUGCUCUUUACAAACCUUUGCUGCCUCAUUUGCCGAUGCCCGGCAUGUCCCCACAAAUCAUUCCCACUUACUGGCCUCAUCUUCUGCAUAUCGCUUCUCAGAUGCCUUCGUUCCCUAUGGGCAUGUAUGGCCCAAUAGACGCAUUCAAAAUGAUGAAUCAGCAUUCAUCAGAUGUGGAAAGUUCGCCGCAUUCAAGCGGACACGCGAGCGAGCAUUCGCCACUGGAAAGAAAAGCGAGCCCGUGCUCUGAAGCAGAAGUCUGCCCGCUAGAUUUGACUACGAAACGCGAGGAGCGGAAAUCCGAGAGCGAAAGCAAUGACUCCGGCAACGAGGACGAGAACGAGCCGGCAUCGUAUGCGAAGCGAAGCGAAUCUGUUGCGCAGCCACCCUGCCUAACACCGUCGAUGAAUCCGUUCAGCUCGUCAGCCUUCCUGUCCUUGCUGCAACGUCCAUUUCCCUAUUCAACUCCAUCAACCUUUAGUGUGAAUCCCCAAGUAGCUAAAGCUACCAAGGAUCGCUAUACCUGCAAAUUUUGCCAGAAGGUCUUUCCUCGAUCAGCGAAUCUAACUCGACAUUUGAGAACACAUACGGGAGAGCAACCAUACAAGUGCCAGUACUGUGAACGAUCCUUUUCCAUAAGUUCAAAUCUUCAACGGCAUGUAAGGAAUAUUCACAAUAAGGAACGACCGUUUCGUUGUCCAAGCACGACGCCAGCCCCGAUCUCCCGCUUGCCACAAUGCUCAAAAUCUAGACUGUGCCAAAGUGAAUGCAUAUAAAAUGAAGCUGACAGGAACACACAGAUGCUUGUAUAUAUGUAAUACAUCGUUCUAUGUUGAUAAAUGAUUUAUCG